UCAUCGUCUUUCAAAAACAUUCUACACCGAAGAAUUAAUCAAACUAGCAAAAACAAUCAACAUACAAUGUCUUUUGCCAGAAUGGGAAGAGAAUAUUUUAAAAUUGAUUCCAAAAACUUUCAAGAGGAAACACAUUGGAUUUCUCAUGUCUGUUAUGAAGGAAGUGAGACAAGAUUACUUGCAAGAAAUGAAAAGUUUAAACGUGAAAAAUAUUGUUAAUACAAGAGCAACUGAUUCCGAUACAAAAAGCUGGCACGAGUGCUUAGUUAAGUAUGAAACAUUGCACGAAGACUUCAGUGCAGCAUUCAAUGCCAAUCGUAAGCUUUUUUUAAAAAAAUAUUUUCUAUCUCAUCGCCUGAUUAGAAGUAUUUCUAAUAUUAUGUUUUAUAAUCUACCAAAAAGUUUCAUUGAUUUCAAGCGGUACAAAACGUUUGACAGCUUGACCGAAUCAAUAAGCAAAGAUUUACAGAGAUGUUCUAUGAUAGUACAAACCGAAUGUUACAAUGAAAUUGUUAGGUGUAUGCUUCAAAUGAAUCAUUUGAGAAAUGACAAAAGACUGCCAAAAUUGUUGCACUGUGCUGAAAGUUUCAUGGUGCAGCAGAUCCUAAAUAGUAUGAUGAACAGUAUUAAUAAUCUCAUCGAAGCCUUAAAAAAUCCAGGUAGCUGCGCUCAAUUACAACUGCAAUUGCUGUGUAGAAAUGAUACUUUAGAGAUAGAGCCCAGCAUAGAUACAAUCUUUGCUGGUUACCAUGAAAUUAUCGAUAACGUUUCUAGAAUAGCUCAAGAUCUCGUGCCUCUAGGGGAGUGGCUAAAAUUGAAUGACGAAAACAAGUACAUCAAGGUGGUGUUGCCUGAAUGGUUUGUGCAUAAAUCGCACGACGAUCUGCAACAAGUGCUGGAACGUAAUUUUCAGCCGUUGUUCGAGCAUUACGAUUUUGUGAGUGCACGUUUUAGUGUGCUUUGCUCUAGCGUGACGAAGAAGCAGAUACUCCGACUAAUCGCGAGGAAAAUGAAGUUUGAAGUGUAUUGCUCCGAAGUGGACAAGUUCAACGCUCACUUGGCGCAAGUUAACGAUAUGGUAACGAACGUGUAUUAUAAUUUUGGUAUUCUCAAUCAAUCCCUCGCUAUCGAGGCUCUGAAACUAAACACUCGCGAGAUCAUAAAUCUGCUCACAAGAGAAUUGAUCGACAGUCAUAAAAAAUUCAAUAGCUCAAUAUGCAAGGAAUUCGAGACUAUCGAAGCACGGAUGAUAGAGUUUCCGAUCGAUACCAAGUCACUGUUCAAGCUUACCGAUUACAUGGCUUACGUGUCCAAGGUUUUGGUGAAAGAACUGGAGAAGAGAAUUCAGAGAUCGGUACAGAUGCUCGGCUCCUUGCUGCAAAUAGCUUUGCUGUCAGACGAAGAGAUUAAUCUGAAUAAGUUGACGAUCAAUUGGUUGGAGAAUAUAAAGGAUCUUUUCGUUGAGCAUAAUAUUUUCAUCGAAGCUAAGAAGGGAGAUCUGGAAGACGAGCUUCAAAAAAAGAUGAGCGUACUGAGCGCCGAAAUAGAUGCGAUAUUCCCUGAAUUGGUAAUAAUCAACGACAUGGACGACGCGAAUAGGGUCAUAGAGUACAGAGAAUUCCUGGCCGGGAUCUUGAAUAAGAUCAAUCGAGUAGACAAUCAUAUCGAGUGGAUAAACGCCGAGGAGAGACUUUUCAGGUUUCCGGAAACGACAUUUCCCAAAGUCGACGAGGUGAAGGAGGUGAUGAGCUCGUUUUGUUCCUUGAUCCACGUGAUUUACCAAUGGCAAAGAGACAAGGAGGUCUGGAUGAACGGACCAUUCGAAUAUCUCGAUGCCGAGGACAUGGAGAAGAAAAGCACGAGUUACUUGGAACGAAUAACCGAGAUGCACAAGAGCUUCAAACUGAAAAUCAAAUCGGAUCUGACGUCGAACAAGCCCUUCAAGUUCUCCGGAAUAGUAGACGAUCCGGAUCCUAUGCAACAGCCGGCACCGCUCAAACUCUGCUGGCAAGCUCUGCAAGCUCUGAACGAGUUUAAAACGUACGUUCCACUGGCUAUAUGCAUGUGCAAUCCCGCCUUGGAGAAGCGCCACUGGGACGAGAUGUCCGCGAUAGCGGGUAAAAAUUUACUGCCCAACGCCGGCACGACGCUGAAAAAAAUAAUCGAUUUUGACUUGCUGAGGGACUUUGAAAAGUACGAGAUCAUCAGCAUAGGCGCUAACAAGGAGUUGGCGCUUCAGCACAAGUUGGACGCCAUGAUCGAGGAAUGGAACGCCAUCGCCUUUUCCAUGACGACCAGUGAAACGUCUGAAUUACCGGUGCUGAAGCAAGUGGAUCGAAUAGAGAUUCUUCUCGAGGAGCAGUUUGUCAAAAUCGCGAACAUGCGUGCGUCCUACUUUAUUCCACCGAUCGAGGCCAAGGUCACUGAAUUUCAGGAGCAGCUUCGUCGGCUCCGAGAUACCAUAGAGUGCUGGGAUUGCGCGCAAGAACAAUGCAAGUAUUUUCACUCGUUCUUUUCCAACGAAGUUGUGCAGAGCCAUUUAGACACCGAGUUUGACCUGUACAACUCGAUAAGCGUGAUUUUAAGCUCGAUUCAAGAGUCUCUCGCGGCUACACCAACUUUUGGCUUCAUUACGAAAACUCUGAGUAUACUGGAAAAACUAAAGCAGGGCAGGUACGCUUUGGAGCUCAUACGCUCGAAGGUGCACGAGUAUUUCGAACAGCUGAGAAUCUCGUUUACCAGACUUUUCUUCAUAUCCGACGGUGAGAUCAUAAAACUCUUGUUCGAUCAUCAAGUUUUAACCGAGAGCAAAUCUCACAUUCAAAAAUGUUUUCCCAACAUCGAUCGCUUACGAAUGGAUCAGCAGCGCAACAUUGUAUCUAUUAUCGGCGAAAGUGGCGAAGAGGUAAAGUUGCAAAAAGUCGUCUCGGUUUUGCCGAAAUUUCAUUCGGUCACGGAUUGGUUGAUAUGCCUGAACAGAGAAAUGAACGACGUGAUUAGAUGUAAAAUAGACGAAGCGAUAGAAGAGUUCGACAAUGAACUGUCCUUGCAGUGGAUAUCGAAUACUCCCGCGAUGGUGGUAUACUGUCUCUGGCAAAUCGUCUGGACGUCGCAAGUGCACAGUACUUUUUUGCUUUUAAAUUCGGAGGCACUGAAAACAUGCCGCAAUCAAUUCAGAGAAUACAGAGAAAAAGCUUAUCAGUUCUUGAAGCUCAACUUGAGCAGAAAGGACAGAGAAACGGUGACGUCUUUAAUAGUCCUCUUCAUUCAGCAAGAAGAAAUGAUAAGCUUGCUGAUCGAAAAGAAGAUACACGAGGACUCGGACUUUGAUUGGAAAGCCCAAAUCCGCUAUUAUUAUCGAGAAGAACAAGUGCACGUUUCGAUUAUCAACACGUGCGUCAAAUAUGCUUGCGAGUAUUACAGUAGCAGUCAACGAAUAAUAGUCAACACACCUCUCACCGAAAGAUGUUACAGAAGCGUAAUGGAAGCAUAUCAUCAAAACUUUUUCGGAGCCAUAUAUGGCUUCUCUUGCGUCGGAAAAACCGAAACCAUCAAGAGCUUAUCCAGAAUACUAGCCGUUCCGUUCUUCAUGUUUUCGGGAGAAAACAAUCAAGACUACAAUUCAAUAGGCAACAUAUUCAAAGGUCUGGUGACAUUCGAGGCUUGGGUGUGCUUCAAAAAUUUCACUCGGAUAAAGGAGGAAAUAUUGUCGAUCAUAGCUCAGCACAUUUUUCGAAUUUCUCAAUCGAGAGCGAUGAAUUCAAGCACCAUAAACAUCCAUGGAACUCAACUGAUUUUCAAUCCAAGCUGCUACAUAAGUUUCAGCAUAAAUCCUUCGAUGGAAAAACUGUUCAAUAUACCAGACAACUUAAAGUUGCAUUUUAGAACGGUAUGUUUCAUGAAUCCAGACUUGGAUAAGAUUUGCCAAGUAGAACUUUACGCUGCAGGUUUUAGCGAUGCGAAAAAUUUAGCUACUGCACUCACGGAGGUCUACGAUCUCUGCAACGAACAAAUGUCUUUCGAGAAGAGAUACGAUUUGCGCUUGAGAAACUUGAAGUCGGUAAUAGCGACAGCGGCGAAACUCAAGUUUGCUUAUCCCGACGAAGACGAGCGAGUUUUGCUGCUUCGAUCACUGAUCGACGUGAAUAUUUCCCAAUUUGUAAGCAAUGACGUUGUGGUUUUUCAAACGAUACUAAACAAGUGCUUUUCGGGAGUAACUUUACCUCCCUCCAAUUACGACAAUCUUUUAGAAGCCGUAGAGAAAAUCUGUGCUGAUCAGCAGCUGAGUACUCAUAACGCAUUGAAAUUAAAAAUCAUACAAUUGUACGAGAUGAUACACUUGAGGCAAGCGAUCAUAAUCGCUGGAGACUCAUUUAGCGGCAAAUCGACCGUGUUGCAUAUUCUAAUGGAAGCCUUGCUGCUUAUGCACGAACAAGACAAUCAGUCCAAUAGUUUUAAAAUAAGCUGCGAAGUAAUCAAUCCGGGAGCUUUGAGUGUGGAUAGAAUGUACGGGUUCGUCGACGAAGAGACGGGAAAUUGGAACGAUGGCAUCUGCUCCGAGGCGAUUCGACGUUUCACCGAGAAAGACGAUUCCAAGUGGAAGUGGUUGGUAUUCGACGGUAAGAUGCACGCUUCGUGGCUUGAAAAAUUGGAAAGCGCUUUCGAUGAUAACAAGUCGCUGUUUUUAGCGUCGAACGAGCGUAUAGUAUUAACACGGGACGUGAAAAUAUUUUUCGAAACUUUAAACUUGCAUGACGUUUCGCCAUCGACCAUCUCUCGAUGCGGAAUCGUCCACGUGGACUCGAACACUUCGAAUUGGAGGCCAUUUUUACUGGCGGAUAUUAUAAACGUAGAUCAGUUUCGCGGUUAUCAGAAAUUGAUUUAUUCUCUAUUCGAUUGGUCCAUAGAUCCGUGUCUGGAAUUUAUACAUAACCAUUGUACAGUUAGUUUAGCGGUGACUGAUAUGCACCUUGUUAUGUCGACACUGGGUUUAUUCAAGAUGUACAUGUAUUUUGCCAUAGAAGAGAAUGCAGACAAGAAGGAGAAGGAGAAAGACGCAAAGGACCACAUUGCAAUUUGGUCACAAGCCGCAAUUAUAAUGGCCACGAAUUGGGCUUUAGCUGGAGCAUUGGAUUUCAAGUCGAAAGAAAAGUUUGACGAAUUUUACGUGUCUUUGUGGAAUAAUUCAAACGCAAACUAUCCUCGUCCCAAUGAAAUCAAACAGUUUGAAAUUUCCCUGCCAGCUGAUGGUAAAUUGCAGAAUAAUGUAUACAUCUUCAAAGGUACUGGCAACUGGAAGCCUUAUGGGGAAAUUGUGAAAAGCGAAAAGAUCAAGGAAGAUACGCUCUUUCGAGAGCCGUUCAUUCCGACGAUCGACAGUGUCAAGUUGUCGAUGCUUUUCAAUUUGCACGUCAAGUAUCGGAAGCCAUUCAUUUUGUGCGGCGAAAGCUCGAGUGGUAAGACUACCUUUUUUCAAGAUUAUCUAUCGAGUCUUUCUAAAUCAGAAUACGUGGUCAAUCAGUUCAAUUUCGAUUCUCUGAAAAAGUCGGACAAAGCUCAAGAAAUGUUCCUCUCAAAAUUGAACAAAAUCAAACGUUACAAUUACGGACCAUUGGACAAGAAAUACUGUAUAAAUCUAGUUGACGACUUGAAUGCAUCAUCUGACAAUCAGUCGGGCACAAACUUGACAUUAGAAUUAAUUCGACAGUACAUGGAUUAUGGCUUUUGGUACGACCUGAACAAAGUUGAUAAAUUCACGAUUUCAAACACCAUGUUUGUUGCGUCGUUGACAACAGGCCGAGAACGUUUGAGAAAUAUUUGCCCGCGUUUUGCAAGACACUUUAAUGUCUUCACUGUGCAUCCACAAUCAAGAGAUACGAUAUUCCGAAUCUUUUCGAAUACUCUCUUGAUCGAUCUCAAGAAGAAUUCUUUCUCAACGGAUGUAUUGAGUAGCGUUAACGGUAUUGCAAACGCUACAGUGGACGUUUAUCUAGCUGCUGUUCAAAAGUUGAGACCAACUCCGUCGAAAAUGCUUUAUCGCUUUUCUCUACGCGAUGUGCAGAGAAUCAUGAAAGGAUGUGCUUUGAUUCAGAAGGAGUCGGUGGAAACUAAAAUCACCUUCAUUCGUCUCUGGGCUCACGAGACGUACAGAGUAUUGGGCGACAGAAUUGUGGAGAACGAAGACAAGCAGUGGUUGUUUUUAAAAAUGCGAGAAGCUGUGAAAACCUGCUUCAAGGAUCCAUUCGAAUCAGUUUUCGAUUACUUGCCAAAGUACGGAAACGAGGAAAUCACGAAGGAAAGCUUUCGAGACCUCGUCUUCAGUAAUUUUAUGGAUCCAGCCAAGAGAAAAUACGAGGAAUCAAGUUCUUUCGAUGCUCUGCAAAAUAAAUUGCAACAGUACGUGAAGGAAUACAAUGAGAGUAGCAAGAUCAAGAUAGAUCUGGUAAUGACCUGUCACGCGGUUCAGCAUUUAGUCAGAAUUUGUCGUGUACUGGCCACUCCAGGAGGCAAUCUCUUGAUGAUCAACACCAGCGGCUCUGGAAGAAAAUCGCUCGUGCGAUUGGCGGCCUACAUUCAACAGCAGAGCUUGUUCGAGCCAGUUGUGGAUGCGCAGUACGACGAACUUUCCUGGAAGCAAGACGUUAAAUCUAUAUUGAUGGAAUGUGGAACGAUGAAGAAAGACUAUGCGUUUUUAAUUACCGACCGACAGCUGAGGCCUAAAUUCAUCCGAGACAUAAACAGUUUACUCACGUUGGGAGAAAUACCACAAUUGUUUUCCAAAGACGAGCAAAGAGAGAUUAUAAAGAGGGUAAGACUCGAUGCGCAGCAAGGCAGUAGAAAUUUAGAAAUGGAAAUGUCCAACGUGUUCGAAUACUUUCUCGGCCAAUGCAAACAGAGGCUACACUUUAUCAUCAACGUCAGUCCGAUCGGCAAAACAUUGCAGUAUUACUUACGAAAAUAUCCAACUUUAAUAGAUCAGUGCACGAUCAAUUGGUUUGAUUAUUGGUCGGACAAGGCGUUGGAACAAGUAGCUGCUCAUUACUUGAAAAAUGUCAAUAUGCAAGAUUCGAUCAAAGGUCAAGUGGCUCACAAUAGCAAGCAUUUUCAUGCCAGAUCUAUCGAGAUGAGCGCUCAAUACUAUCAGGAGACAGGAAAGGUAUUUCACAUUGCUCCCUCCGCGUAUGUGAGGACGAUGAAACUGUACGUGGAUAUCGUGUGCAAAAAGCAGGAAGAAAUAAAAACCACGAGAAAGCGAUACUCGACUGGAUUGGAUAAAUUGCAAUUGGCAGCCAAAGAAGUAGCCCAGAUGAAGAACACGUUGACGAAGUUGAGACCACAGCUAGAAGCUUCGGCGCGACAAACCGAGGCAACGAUGAAAGAAAUCGAAAGCGAAAACAUAAGCGUAGAAAGAGCCACUGUUCUGGUCAAGAGGGACGAGGAGAUCGCCAAUAAAAAAGCCGAGAUCGCCGGAAUUUUGAAAGCCGAGUGCGAGGCCGAAUUGGCGGUUGCGAUUCCGAUUUUGGAAGAUGCGAUCGCUGCCUUGAACACCUUGAAACCGACCGACAUCACACUGGUCAAAGCUAUGAAGAAUCCCCCGGACACCGUUAAACUGGUCAUGGCCGCGGUGUGCGUCAUGCUGAGCGUACCUUCCGAAAGGGUCAUAGAUCCGAUAACAGGCAGGAAAAGCAUGGACUUCUGGGGCCCGAGCAAACGCGUCUUGGGCGACAUGAACUUUCUGCAAAACUUGAAGGAUUACGACAAGGACAACAUAUCGCCGGCAAUCAUGGUGACUAUUAAGAAAAAUUACAUGUCUGAUAAGAACUUCAUGCCGCAAAUCGUCGCGAAAGCUUCCAGUGCCGCCGAAGGUCUCUGCAAAUGGGUCCGAGCUAUGGUCUCUUACGACGAAGUGGCCAAAGUCGUGGCUCCCAAGAAGGAGAAACUGGCGGCUGCUCAGCGGGAAUGCGACGAAACGGAAGCCUUCCUGAAUGCCAAGCGCAAAACUUUGGCCGAUUUGAAUGCAAAACUGGCAGCCUUGAAGAGUACGCUCGAAGCGACGCUUUUGAAAAAGUUGGAGCUGGAGAAAGAGGUGGAAAAUUGCACGGUGAAAUUGAAGAAAGCCGAAGGUCUGAUCGCGAGUUUGGGAGGUGAAAAAACGCGCUGGAUGGAUUCAGCCAACAAGCUUGGAAGAUUGUACGACAAUCUCGCGGGAGACGCUUUGCUGUCCAGCGCAAUGAUAUCCUACCUCGCGCCGCUGAGUCUGACGUACCGAGAAAAGAUCAUCUCAGAGUGGAAGGACUUUAUGAAAAACGGCAACGGCGUUCCAUUCUCCGAAGAAUACGAUUUCGUAAGCUUCUUGGGUGUGGAAGUUAAAAUGAACACUUGGCACCUGUCCGGUCUGUCGAACAAUCAGUUCUCUUUGCAAAACGCAAUCAUCAUGGAGUUUUCUCGGCUGUGGUGCUUGUUCGUCGAUCCGCAAACUCAAGCCAACGAGUGGAUCAGGAGCAUGGAGAAGCCGAACAACUUGCAAGUCGUCAAGGUUACCGAUCAGCUCGACUACAUGCAAGUGAUUCGUAAGAGCAUGGAAUUAGGAAAUCCCGUUCUGCUGGAAAACGUCGAAGACAAGCUCGACGUUUCUCUCGAUCCGAUACUCGCGCGAAACGUUUACAAGGUCUCGGAAACGUGGUACAUGGAUCUUGGUCAAGAAAGCGUUCUGUACAAGCCGAGUUUUCGCUUUUAUUUAACGACGAGGCACCACAAUCCUCGUUACUCGGUUGACGUGUUCAACAAGGUCACCGUUACGGACUUUUUGCUGCCCAGCGAAGCUCUGCGCGAUCGUCUUCUCGACAUCGUAAUAUCCCGAGAAAGGCCUGAACUUCAGGAGAAGUUUGAGAAAAUUCUGAUAGAGAAUAUAAACAACAAGAGGAUACUCAAGCAGCAAGAGGAUAACAUUUUGCACACUUUAUCGGCGUCCAGCGCAAAUAUUCUCGAAGACGAAGGAGCCAUCAGAACGUUGGAUUCUUCGAAAAGUGUUGCGAUCGAUCUCAUGAAGAGACAGGAGGCCACCAGAACUAGCAAGGAAGAAAUUGACGCAUUUCGGGAAACGUAUAGCCAGUUCACGAAAUACUGUGCCGAUCUUUAUAGCACGCUCAACAUACUACCAAAUUUGAAUUACAUGUAUAGGUUUUCGCUCUCUUGGUUCACACAACUGUACAUAAAGUCCAUCGAGACGUCCAAUAGAAGCGUCAUUCACAAGAGGCGCAUAGAUUACUUGAAGAUGUCGUCCAUACAGAAUCUUCAUGCAAGCGUUCACAAUGCUCUUUUUGAAAAGCAUAAGCUCAUAUAUUCGUUUCUACUUUGCGCGAAAACCCUAUUGGACACUGAGCAAGUUACAGAACAAGAGUUCAAUGCUUUCAUGAGCAUCGAUGAAAAAGGCUCGAUGAAGUAUGAAAAUGAAAUUCCGAAUCCAGCAUCUUUGUGGUUGCCCGAUAGAGCGUGGAGAGAAGUUUGUAGAAUAAGUAAUACACUGUCGAUAUUUCAGAAUUUCACAAAUAGUUUCAGUACAAACAACACAAAGUGGAAAAAAUAUUGCAAUUCAAUAGAUCACGAUGAUCACCUGAUGCCUACACCCUGGGAUAAUAAGCUGACAACGUUUCAGAAACUAAUACUCAUCAGAAUUUUGUGCCCGGAGAAGAUAAUUUUCAAAAUAACAGAAUUCGUAGAAUCUGUGAUGGGUCAAACCAGUAGUAACUUUACCCCGUGCAACAUUACUAGACCCUACGCAGAAUCUAGUUGUCUCAUACCACUUAUAUUUAUUUUACCUAGUUACUCUUCGCCCUUCGCGGUAGUCAAUAAAUUUGCCAAGAUCUUGGGAUACUCUGCAAAGUUGCACACGCUCUCUAUGGGUCCACUGCAAGAACAAAAGGCAGAGUUACUUAUUGAAAUGGCUCGUAAAAAUGGAGAAUGGGUUUUUCUUCACAACUGUCAUCUUGCGCUACCCUGGAUGAUGAAACUUGAGAAGAUGUUUGAAACUUUUGACAUUUCCAACACAUCUUUGGGCUUCCGACUUUGGAUGAGUACUCGGUCGCAUGAUAAAUUUCCAAUAGGUAUUUUACAAAACAGUAUUAAAAUUGCAUUUGAUGCACCGUACGAUGUAAAGCAAACUUUAACUUGGACUUAUAAAUCGGAACCAGUCAAAGAUAAGGAAUUUUUUGAAGGAUGUCCUGGGAAAGAUAAAGUGUUCUCUAAACUGCUCUAUGGAUUUUGUCUUUUCCAUGCUGUCAUUAGAGAAAAGAGAAACUUUGGCUACCAAAGUUGGAAUUUUCAGUAUGACUUUGACGAAUCAGAUUUACAAAUGUCAAUUAUUCAACUAAAGAAUUGGAUCAACCAAUGUGACAAAGUUCCUUUUAAAGCUUUAAUUUAUUUUUUAGGGGAGUGUAAUUAUGGAGGUAAGAUAAUGGAUGUACAAGAUAAGAUUUAUUUAGAUACUCUAGUGUUAGAUUAUUGUAACUCCAAAGUAAUAAGUGAUUCUAAUUAUGACUUUGAUAAUGUGCAUGCAUAUAGAGUACCUAAAAGGAUUGAAUAUAGAGACUACUUAAAACAUAUCAAGAACAGUAUUCCAGUUUAUACAUCACCAGAAGAUUUUUGUUUAGAUAAGAAUGUAGCAUUAACAAAAAAUAAUAAUAAGGUUCAAGAUUUUUUGAAUUCGCUUUCAUGUUUAAAUGAAACAGCUGUGAUUCAAGAUGCUGAAAGUAGGAACAAUCAAGUAAAGUCUAUAACUUUUGAAAUACUCGAGGCGAUACCUCAAGAUUUUGACAUUAGAGAAGUAGAAAAGAAAUAUAAAGUCUCCGAGUUGGAGCCUUUGAAUUGUGUUUUAAUAGAGGAGGUUAAAUUGUAUAAUAAGUGUUUGAAUGUAAUAAGAAACUCACUACUUGAACUUGAGAAAGCUUAUAAUGGAUGUCUCAUUUGGACAGAGAGAUUAAAAGAAAUAUCGGAUGAAAUUUUUCAAGGUUUGGUUCCAAAGUCAUGGAAGAUACACAUUUCCUUACGUACAAAACAACAGCUAUCCAAAUUUAUAACAGAUCUAUUAGAACGUGUCAAAUUUAUAACAAACUGGAUAAAUUAUGGACAUCCACGUUUUUACUGGUUUGGAGGACUGAUGUCCUGCAAAAGACUGCUGUCUAUUCUGAAAAUGGUUUUUGCAAGAAAAAAACAAGUUCCUAUUGAUCAAGUUGCAUUUGAAUUUACUGUGCUAGAAAUUAAAAAUCCCUCUGAAGAAUAUGAUGUACCUGAAAAUUCAAUUUAUGUAUACGGUCUUUACUUAGUAGGAGCCAAGUGGAACGAGCAAACAAAAUCACUCAGCAGUUCAAAAACUAAAAUUUUUUACAAUGACAUGCCCGUUAUUUCUUUUGAAUUAACACUCAAAAAAACUAUGAACUCUGUAAAUAGUUUUAAGUGUCCUAUGUAUAUUACACCAAGUUUACACAAUAGUGAAUGUAACUCAGAAAAUACUCUAGAUAAUUAUAUUUUGUCCGUAAACCUAAAAUCAGACAUUAAUCCAAGAAUGUGGGUUAAACGGGGAACUGCGUUGUAUUGUCAAACUGAAUAAAAAUAGUGUGUAAAAAAUGCAACAAAAAAAAAAUUGUUACUUGUAUUAUAAUGAUCAAAUAAAUGUACAUGUAUAAAAUAA